UAAUAAUUAAAUUAUAAUUAGAAAUAGUGGCUGAAAAAAAGCCAAAAAUAUAAAGUAGUGUAAACAAAUUUGUAAAAAUUAUUUAACAUAAAUAAAACACGGAAAACAGAAUCCAAACGCUUUAUGGAAUAAAAAUGUUAAAAUAAAAUUUAUUAAAAAAGACAAAGGGGACCAACAAGCAAGAAAAGUUAAUGCAAUAAAAAAAAUGUUAAAUUAAAUUAAAAAACAAAACACCAAAUUAAAAGGAAUAUUAAACUAAAAUAAAAAAUAUAAAAAAAAAUAGCAAAAUGGAUUACAAUACUCCACUGGAUAGUAACCUUAAUACCGGCAAUAUUAGCACAGAUGAUUUCUUGGCCAUAUUUACCUCCACCUCAACAGCGGCCACUAAUGAGGCUGGCGGUGGCCCAGGUGGAGGGGGAGGAGGAGGUGGUGUGGCGGGUUUAAAAAACUACUUAAAUAAGGCUAAUAGUUCAAUAACCACAGCUAAUACCACACUAAAUCCGCCCUUACUGACCGUAGAUGGUCAAUAUACAGUCACUAGUCUUCUAGAUACAUCUCUCACCGGUUCCACUUUACAAAGUCCCCUAGAGGGAGCCGACAUAAACGACACACUCUUCCUGUUAACAUCAAAUAUUUAUAAUGCCACCAGCUCUAAUGGUGCUACCUCCACCAUAAAUCUAACCUCCUCCUAUGGCAACUACAAUGGAAUCAAUCAAAAUUUCACAAGCCUCAAUGGCAGCAAUAUCACCGAAGUCGUUUGGGAUGGUCGCUAUCCGAGUGGCUAUACACUCACCCACAUAGUUAUAGCCUCCAUUAUAGUGACCAUACUAAUGAUAGUCAUCAUUGUAGGCAAUAUGCUGGUCAUUAUUGCCAUUGCCACCGAGAAAUCCCUUAAGAAUAUACAAAACUGGUUUAUAGCCUCCUUGGCGGUGGCUGACUUCUUUCUGGGUCUUAUAAUUAUGCCAUUCUCCUUGGCCAACGAAUUAAUGGGCUAUUGGAUAUUUGGCAGUUGGUGGUGUGAUGUUCACUCAGCCAUGGAUGUGCUGCUGUGCACCGCUUCAAUUAUGAAUUUAUGUCUAAUAUCGCUGGAUCGCUAUUGGAGCAUUACGAAGGCAGUCGAUUAUCUAAAGUCACGUACACCGGCACGUGCAGCUUUAAUGAUUGCUGCCGUUUGGAUUAUGUCGGCAUUGAUAUGCAUACCCCCGCUGUUGGGCUGGAAAGUGAAAAUGCCGGAGGGGCCAUUGCCAAAGUGUGCGGUAAGUAAAUUGUUCGUCUAUUAUGGUAUAUCUCAUGAAAAAUGUCUAAAAGGUAAAAUAUUGAAAAAAAAUAUUUGUAAUUAAAUUAAUUAAGCAUUCUGGCAAAUUCUUUUGAUAAAAUAAUUUCAAUAAAAUGUACAGUAAUUGUCUUUUAUUUGCUUUUUUUCUGCAAUAAUUCUAUAAAAGCCCAC